UCCAGAGCGAGGCUGGGGUAGGGAGGCUGACUGAGCUGGAGUCGUCCGCUUGUAGUGGAGGCUGCUAGGAGUCGGCCAGAGGGUGAGCGGGGAGCAGGCGAGCGAGCCACAGAGUAGGCAGGAGGGAGCGUCGCGCGGCGCAGAGGAGCGCCGGGGUCGGGCCGGGGCGGAACCACAGCCGGAGUAGGGCAGCCCGAGCCGGGCGCCGCGGGGUCCCCACCCCCACUCGGCCGGACAGUGCCCGGUGUUCCCCCGUGCUGGGGGCGGCGGCGGCGGCGGACGGGACCGCCGGGACCGCGGGGGUGUUGCCACCUCCACCGAGGAGCCGGGGCCCGGGCCCCGUGACAGACGGGCCGAGGAAGGGAGAGAGGCGGCGGCGACACCAUGUCAUCUCCCAGUCCGGGCAAGAGGCGGAUGGACACGGACGUGGUGAAGCUCAUUGAGAGUAAACAUGAGGUUACGAUCCUGGGAGGACUCAAUGAAUUUGUAGUGAAGUUUUAUGGACCACAAGGAACACCAUAUGAAGGCGGUGUAUGGAAAGUUAGAGUGGACCUACCUGAUAAAUACCCUUUCAAAUCUCCAUCUAUAGGAUUCAUGAAUAAAAUUUUGCAUCCCAACAUUGAUGAAGCGUCAGGAACUCUGUGUCUAGAUGUAAUUAAUCAAACUUGGACAGCUCUCUAUGAUCUUACCAAUAUAUUUGAGUCCUUCGGGCCCCAGUUUUUGGCCUAUCCUAACCCUAUAGAUCCUCUCAAUGGUGACGCUGCAGCCAUGUACCUCCACCGACCAGAAGAAUACAAGCAGAAAAUUAAAGAGUACAUCCAGAAAUACGCCACGGAGGAGGCGCUGAAAGAGCAGGAAGAGGGCACCGGGGACAGCUCAUUGGAAAGCUCUAUGUCUGACUUUUCCGAAGAUGAGGCCCAGGAUAUGGAGUUGUAGUAGAAAAAGCACCUGCUUUUCAGAAAGACUAUUAUUUUCUAACCAUGAGAAGCAGAGUAUAAUAUUCAUGUUUAAACAAAGCAAUUUUUUUAUUACUAAA